UUCGUUUUUUUAUCUAUUGUUGUUGAGGAGCAAAAACAGCAGUCGCCGUAUCAAGAAAACAAGUCAAGUACCUAAGACGUUUGGUUCUCCAGCAAUAGCAACAGCGAACACCCCGCGAGCCGCAUUGUCACUGGUGUCCACAUCGCAGUCCCUUCCAUCGCAGGCGGCAUCCUCCGCAUCGGCAGCCGUCCAGAAGCAUCUGAUUGACGGCAAGACGAUGCAUAGUCUUUAUUCACAGGAAGCUGAGAAUACCGCCGGUCUCUGGCUGUGUCUGGAAUGCGGAAUUCGCCUUACGUCGUAUCGGGACUUCAGACUCCAUCUUAUCGGCACACACAAGAAGACCAUUGACCCGGCGCUUUGCGAGCAUUGCGGCUGGCGAUCGGGCAACAAUCGCGAGAAGCAUUUCCACAUGUACACGGAUCACCAGAUCAAUUCGCCGCUCUACACUUUUGCCGAGUGCUAUCUCUGCGAUCGGAAAUAUUUGAGCAACGACGAGUUGGAGGCUCACAUGCAUGAGUGCCUUAGUGCUCACAUUAGUACCAUUGAGGAGAGUGACCAGGAUCCGGAAAACGAUGACAGCAUUAUCUACGACAUUAUCACCAUCAAGACAGAGGAUGAUGAUGAAGACGAUAUGCUACCGCAGGAUUCAUUCACGUCAAGGCAGAACCAGCCUGUCCCUCCACAGCAGCCCACACAGACCAGCGACGAAGAAUCCUUAGCAGAAGAUGGACACCGCGACGAUAGCUGUCUACAACAAGCCGGUGAGCGAAGCGGAACAACACCACAUCGUAGUCCCUGGCAAAAAGCUUCCCCCUCCCGAGGAUUCUACUCCCCCCCAUCCCCCGAGUACGUUGAGGAGAAGGUGUGGACAGUAACAAAUGUUAGUGAAAUUUUAAAAGAAAGCGGCGAAGAUGGCAAAUUGCUGCGGUCUCGAGUUAAUAAAAACAAGCUAUCGCGGCCACAGAGAACAAAAUUGUCCAAGAUGAUAGUCGACUACUUCAUAUCAAAGAAAAUAAAUAUGACGCUUCAGCUGAGCUACGCCUUGGAGCGAGAUGUGGUGCGGCUCUUUCCUGGCGAGAAAUUGGAAGACUGGCGGGGCAAUGGAAAAUCUGCUGGAUCAUUAUAUAAUAGAUUUCGAUACCGACGACGAAAGGAGGAGUCGUCGCGGGAAGAAGGCGAUGAAACUUUUUGAAGAAUACCGAUUCUUCGGCAUGUAGGAGUCGGAGAAGGAACUACAGGUCGAGCAACACGGACGAUUCGCCAAAAUUACAGGAGAAACAUUAAGCGACUACGUGCGACGUGCGAUGCCAGAAACUGUCAGUUGAUCAAAUCGGUUGACAGUUGAAGCUAGCGAAAAUUGGAAUAAUUUCAAAUAUUUAUUGUGCAAGGCAAGGGAUGCAUUGCUUUUUAAAGUUUCAGGUGUGGGUACAAAAUUAAAUAAAAAAUAGAGUGCCGCCUUCUGAUCGACAAGAAGUACAUA